GGGGCUUUGGUUGUCAAGGGUUGAACCCGUUGGUUAUAAACGGAGCCUUUGAAUAUGAGUGAUGAUAAACCUUUCCAAUGCACUGCUCCAGGGUGUGGUCAGCGUUUCACAAAUGAAGAUCAUUUGGCAGUCCACAAACAUAAACAUGAGAUGACACUGAAGUUUGGUCCAGCACGGAAUGACAGUGUCAUAGUUGCUGACCAAACGCCAACUCCCACCCGCUUUCUGAAGAAUUGUGAAGAGGUAGGACUUUUCAAUGAGCUUACCAGUCCAUUUGAGCAUGACUUUAAAAAGGCCACGGAGGAUGACAUUAAAAAGUUGCCUCUGGAUCUCUCACCUCUUGCGACGCCUGUCGUGCGAAACAGGAUAGAGGAACCCACGUCGCUCGACACGCACCGAGACAGUCCACUGCCUCAUCCUGAAUCUACUACCAGUGACGACAAGGAGGUUUCUUUGCAGCCGAGCUCACUGCCAGCCUCCACUAUAGUCCACCCUGCAUCACUCCAGGUUCCCAAUGUGCUUCUGGCCAGCUCAGAUGCUAGUGUUGUAAUUCAGCAGGGCCUCCCAUCUCCAACAUCUAGCUCUGUAAUUACUCAAGUCCCAUCCACUAAUAGGCCAAUAGUGCCUGUUUCCGGAACGUUCCCGGUGCUUCUCCAGCUCCCAAACGGACAGACCAUGCCAGUGGCCAUCCCAGCAACCAUCGCAAGCUCAAGUGUACAUAUUCCCACUGCCAUUCCUCUUGUCAGACCCGUCACCGUGGUGCCUAAUGUUCCCGGGAUCCCAGGACCCUCCUCCCCACAGCCUGUCCAAUCAGAGGCUAAGAUGAAGCUCAAAGCCGCUCUGAGCCAGCAGCUCCCUCAGGUAACCAAUGGAGAUGCUGGUGAUGUCCAGAGCAGCUCGGCUAGCCAAACCCCGCCUCCAGCCCCUCCCCCUGCCCAACCCGAAGAACUCCGUCCUCGGUCCGUUCAGCAGCCAGCCACAUCCACCACAGAGACACCUGCAUCCCCUGCCCCUCCCACCCAGCACACACCUAGCACGGGGGGCCGGCGGAGAAGGGCCACCUGCGAGGAUCCUGAUGAAAAGCGGCGGAAGUUUCUGGAGAGGAACAGAGCGGCUGCGUCUCGCUGUAGGCAGAAGAGGAAGGUUUGGGUCCAGUCUCUGGAGAAGAAGGCAGAAGACCUGAGCUCCAUGAACAGUCAGCUACAGAGUGAAGUGACCCAGCUGAGAAAUGAGGUAGCUCAGCUGAAGCAGCUCCUGCUGGCUCAUAAAGACUGUCCUGUAACCAUAAUGCAGAAGAAAGCAGCCUGUCAGAUGGGAGAGAAGGAAGACGGCUCAGAGGACAUGUCCAUACCCAGCAGUCCCCAGAACGAGGCCAUCCAGCACAGCUCCGUCAGCACGUCCAAUGGCUUCAGCUCCUGCACCGCGACCCCUGCUGGCCCCGCCUCCGGGCCCGCCGCACACCACAGCACAGAGGACGGGUCGCCACAGGUGGGCGGGGCGUCGGCCGCUCAGACCCAAUCCUCAGGAAGCUGAUCCCUCGGACAGCUGGUCACGGGGCUGUCCCCUCACAGCCGCGCGGUCGUUAAGGGGGAAAAACAGAACCCUUGUUUUUUCGCCUUCAGGCUGGAGAAUAAUUGUUUCCGUUUUGUAAUUCUUAAUCAUGCUUGUUUAUUUUUCCCUUUAAAUCAGUGCGUUUCCUGAGGAGUUCGUAAAGAUGCAGCGUGAAGGCGCUUUACACAUGGAACAGGUUGUUUUUCUUUGCUGUUUUCCACGUCCAUGUUUACUGUAUUAAUUGCGUUGUCAUUGUGUGUGUAGUCAAUGAGUGGAGCUGAGCGCUGUGAAUAAGGUUGAAGUCCAGAGUCGGUGCGUUUCAGAGAGACCCUCAUGCCAAAG